AUGAAAUAGAAGGUUUCGUAAAUAUCACCAGAUAAAUUAUAUGCUAGUUUAUUGAAAAGGAAGAACGAGCAAGAAUAACAGGCUCGCUUAAAAUCCCCUAUAGUGACAGCCAAUAAGUAAGGAUGUGAUUUUUCCAGUAACAGAAAUAGCGGGGGAACUUCAAAAAUAGAAGCAAAAAAGUCUAGGCCUGCGAGUGGAAAGGAUUUCAAAGAUGUGAGUAGUGUUUUAUUAAAGAAAACCCAUGCACGUUAAAAUAGCAAAUUAAUUGAAACUAAGGAGAACUCCUAGAAUCUUUCAACAAGUGCUCUCUCUUUGCUACUAAAAAUUAAAUAAGACAAAUGCGAAAAUAAACAAUCUCAAAUUUAAUAACCAAAAGAUCUUUAUAACUAAUAAACGAUUCAGAAAAAGUAUUAAAAAUUAAUGGAAAUGACUAAAUAAUAACAAUAGUUAAUACUAAAGCCUAAAUUAUUUAAGGGACCUCGUUCAAUCAGCAAUCCAGACAUCUCUACAAUGCAAUUGUAAAUAGCGAAAGCACAUGGACAAAGUGCUGCAGGUAUGCUCUACAAUGGAUAAACUAAAACAAAUUAAGAUAUUUACAAAUUAAUUUAAAGAUUUUGUAAUAGAGAAAAUGAUUGGUAUAUUCAAGUUUCUGAUGGACAUGGCACAAAUGGUCAUUAAGUAGCCUAGUUUUUAAGAGAAGUACUUCCUCAAUUCGUAGAAUAGGGAGUAGUCAAUUUGACUACAUGUUAUGAAAGAGAUAAGUAAAUUAAUUUGGUGCUCAAAAAUUGUUUUUUGUAAACAAGCGACGAAUUGAUGGAUAGUGGAAUUGAUAUAACAUACUCUGGGGCAACAACUGUUAUUGUGUUGUCUUUUGAUAAUGUGUUAUAUUGUGCAAAUAUUGGAGAUAGUAGAGCCAUCAUUGGCAGAUUCGAUAACAAACUAUCUGUUAUAGAAUUAUCGAAAGAUCAUAAGCCAGAUUGCUUUUUGGAAUAGGCUCGGAUUCUUUAAAGAGGAGGGAGAGUAUAGGCUUACAGUGACGAAGACGGAAAUCCUAUAGGACCAGCAAGAGUUUGGAAGUAGGAUGAAGAUGUGCCUGGGUUAGCUAUGUCAAGGAGUUUUGGGGAUUAUGUUGCCAGUUAAGUUGGAGUAAUUUGUGAACCUGAAAUUUUUAAGCAUUCUCUUUUGCCAUGCGACAAGUUUAUUGUUGUUGCUUCGGAUGGAAUUUGGGAAUUUCUGUCUAAUGAAUAAGUUGUUGAGACUGUUUAUGAAUAUUACAAAAGGGAUGACAGCCAAGGAGCUUGUUAAAAAUUGGUUUAGUUAGCAAGGGAGGCUUGGUAAAGAGAGGACGAAGUCAUAGACGAUAUUACAAUUGUGAUAGCCUUUAUUAAAUGAUCUUUUAUUUUUCUCACUAAAUAAAACUG